UGGAGGCGGGGGAAGUGCGAGCUCUCUGCGGGGACUGGGUCUGAGUCCACGCCCGGGGCCAGCGCUGCAGAUCUGGCCAUCAUUCAAGCGCCGCUUCCCCAGCCUUGUACAGGGGAGGAGGAAGCCGAGCCCGGGCUGCACACACACACACAGGAGGUGGGUUUCACUGAGCUCCAUAGAACUCCCCCGGAGCUGGCGAGGCCCCCCUGCCGGGCUGUGUAGGGUGCAGCAGCGGGAGGAGGAGGAGGCGGCUCCCCGCGUUCUGUCUGCCCGGCUGCUGCUGCAGCGACGCUGGGCGGGGAGAAGGAGCAGGCAGCGCCCCCCCUCCCCCGGAGCUCUCGCCAUUACCCAGGGGCUGCCGCAGCCGCUUUGUCUCCGAGAUCCGGACAAGCAGAUUCCCCCCAACAUCCCUGGGAGAGACAGUGGGAGAGUCUCCCAGGCUGGUGUUAAGGGUCUGCCCAGCAUAGGAUGAACGGAGCAGCUGGCGGUGUAGCAAAAGGAAACAUGACAGCCCCAAAAGAUCAAGACCAAUGGUCCCAAGAGGAUAUGCUGACUCUCCUACAAACCAUGAAGUCACUCCUGCCCAGCCAGGACAACUCUAAGUUUAAGACAACAGAGUCUCACCUAGACUGGAACAAGCUGGCUUUCAAAAAUUAUUCUGGUUCCAUGUGUCGCCAGAAGUGGAUGGAAAUUUCCAAUGAGGUCAGGAAGUUCCGGACUCUUACUGAGUUGAUCUUGGAUGCAGAGGAACAUGUUAAAAAUCCAUACAAAGGGAAAAAACUGAAGAAACACCCAGAAUUUCCCAAGAAGCCGCUCACCCCUUAUUUCCGCUUCUUCAUGGAAAAGAGGGCUAAAUAUGCAAAACUACAUCCAGAAAUGAGUAAUCUGGAUCUCACCAAGAUUCUGUCCAAAAAAUACAAAGAGUUGCCAGAGAAAAAAAAGAUGAAAUACAUCCAGGACUUCCAGAAAGAAAAGCUGGACUUUGAGAGGAACCUGGCUAAAUUCAGGGACGAGCAUCCUGAUCUCAUGCAAAAUCCAAAGAAAUCUGAUGUCCCGGAAAAGCCCAAGACCCCUCAGCAGCUGUGGUAUAACCAUGAGAGGAAGAUCUACCUCAAACUGCAUGCUGAUGCCAGCACAAAAGACGUGAAGGAAGCAUUAGGGAAGCAGUGGUCCCAGUUAUCUGAUAAGAAGCGCCUGAAAUGGAUCCAUAAGGCACUGGAGCAACGCAAGCUAUAUGAAAACAUAAUGAGGGAAUAUAUGCAGAAGCACCCAGAACUGAACUUAACAGAAGAGGGCAUUACUCGCUCCACUCUCACCAAGGCCGAGCGACAACUGAAGGACAAGUUUGAUGGCCGGCCAACCAAGCCUCCACCGAACAGUUACUCAAUGUACUGCGCAGAACUGAUGGCCAAUAUGAAGGAUGUUCCCAGCACUGAACGCAUGGUCCUCUGCAGCCAAAGGUGGAAGCUGCUCUCCCAGAAGGAGAAGGACGCCUACCACAAGAAGUGUGAGCAGAAAAAGAAAGAAUAUGAAGUGGAGCUGAUGCGUUUCCUUGAGAAUCUCCCAGAGGAGGAGCAGCAAAGGGUUCUGGCAGAAGAAAAGAUGGUGGGUAUCAGAAAAGGAACUAACACCCCAGCAUCAAAGAUGGCCACCCAGGAUGCUGCAAAGGUAAAGAGCAGAUCCUCACAGGCAGACAAGAAGAAAGCAGCAGAUGAGAGGGCUAAACUGCCGGAGACCCCCAAAACCGCAGAAGAAAUCUGGCAACAGAGCGUGAUUGGAGACUAUCUUGCUCGAUUUAAGAAUGACCGUGCGAAAGCCCUGAAGUGCAUGGAGGCCACAUGGUUAAAUAUGGAGAAAAAGGAAAAAAUCAUGUGGAUAAAGAAGGCAGCCGAGGACCAGAAACGCUAUGAGAGAGAACUAAGUGAUAUGCGUUCUGCUCCAACUCCAACUACAGCUGGAAAGAAGGUCAAGUUUUUGGGAGAGCCCAAAAAAGCACCCAUGAAUGGCUACCAGAAGUUCUCUCAGGAGCUCCUGUCCAACGGAGAACUCAAUCACCUCCCCCUUAAGGAACGAAUGGUAGAAAUUGGAAGCCGAUGGCACAGGAUUUCCCCUGCUCAAAAGGAGUAUUACAAGAAGCUGGCAGAGGACCAACAGAGGAUCUAUCGUACACAAUUUGAUGCCUGGAUGAAGACUUUAUCGUCACAAGACCGUGCUGCAUACAAGGAACAGAAUUCAAAUAAACGCAAAAGUACAACAAAAAUACAGACUCCCAGCAACAAAUCCAAAUUAGUAGUUCAGAGCAAAUCGGAGGAUGAUGAUGACGAUGACGAUGAUGACGACGAUGAUGAGGAUGAUGAAGAUGAUGAAGAUGAAGAUAAGGAGGACUCAUCUGAAGAUGGAGAUUCUUCAGAGUCUAGCAGUGAUGAGGACAGUGAGGAUGGUGAGGAGAAUGAAGACGAAGAAGAUGAGGAGGAGGAUGAUGAGGAUGAUGAAGAGGACGAUGACAAUGAAUCAGGAUCCAGCUCUUCUUCCUCUUCUUCUGCAGACUCUUCUGACUCGGACUCUAACUGAAUACAUUGAAAUUUCAUCCGGACUCGGGGAUGGGUUAAAAAAAAAAGGGGGAGGGGGCAAUAUUUUUACCCUGUUCAGGGCUGUUAGGGUUGUUAUAGUAUGGCUUGAAAUGUGUGGAAUCUUUGCCACCAAGUAGGGAUGGCUUACAGGGUCAAGUUAUAAGGAGAUGGAUGGCAAAUUUCCUUUGAGUGGAAGGGGUUUCCUUUACUUCUUGCAAAAGGAGUCUCCUCUACCUGGUGCCGUAUCAUAUCACUCAUUUUUCCUACUGUUGCGUUCCCAUGCUCUGUAUCAUAAUGUUCUCAGUACUGUUUUGGUUAUUGGACUCCUGUUGUUAUCCCUCUCCCUUCUAUGUCUUCCUAUCUGUGGUGCCCGGGCACCCUAUAUAGCACUGUCUUUCUAUUGCCAGCACUCUCACCUGUACUGAACCUGUCUCACUUUGCCUCCCGCCUUUGGCUGCCCAUUCUUAUUUCACUUGUGUUCUGUUUUUUAUCACAAUUGACAAUAUGGAAUUGCCCCUCUGCUUUGUCAUCUGCAUAUUGUCCAACCCACUUGGCCUCACAUUAUGCUUUGGUCUAUAUUGGGUCUUGUCCUGCUUGCCCUCUCUAUCAUUUCCCUGCUUCUUGCCAUAAUCUCCUAUAGCUAACCCCGUUCCCCCACUCUGUCUGGGCUUCAAUCUCUUUAUCUCAUUCUGUCCUUCCAGCGUCCAUGCUAUUCCUGACAGUGAGGGCAGGAAUAUAUUGCAGCCAUGGUGUAAUGGUUAAUAUCACUUCUACUCUGUAAUAUAUGUGGACAGCCUGGGUCAGCACAAGUCUGACCCCUAUAUGUAAUAUAAUUGUGGGAGGGGGUUUGGCAUGUUUUGGGUGGGGGAUAACCCAUAUAUAGACAGUCACAUGACAGGAAGGCACGCAAACCAUUAGAAAUGGGAUACAAUUCCGGCAGGGCCCCAAAGCAAAAGGAAUACAAAAACCUUGUUCACAAGAGAUUUUUCUUUGUGGGCAAGUGGGCUGUUUAAUUCAAUUUUUUUUUUUUUUUUUGCUUGUACCUAAAACAAUGUUGUAUUUUAGCAGACCUGUUUUAGUAUCUCUUUCUGUUUAAAAAAAAAAAAAAAUUCUUUGAUAUUGUUUCUCUUUUUGGGGAAAUGUAGAUUCUUACGGUGUGGUACGAACGCACAGUGAGAGGUAAAACCCUUUUAGUGCAUUUUCAGCACUGUGGAAAAAAAAAUAGGAUGUGAGCCGUGUUACAAAUAUCUUUUUUUUUUUUUCCCUUUUUUCUGUAAUGACGAUAUUUAAAACACAAAAAGCGCUUUUUUGUAGUUUAAAAUGAAAAAUGACUAAAAAAAACAAAAAAAAUGUGUUUUGUAACAUCCAUUGAUUUAGUGUAGGCAGUUUCAGAAAUGCGUGCGUUCUCAUUUUUGUUUUGUAAAAAGAGGGCGGGCGGGGAAAGGUUUUCUGUUCAGUACUCUGGAAAAUAAAACUUUAGGGAAAAUA